GUACUUUUUCGGUGAUCCUCGGUUUUUUCCGUUUACUUCCUUAGUAUCAAAUCUCAACAAAUAUGGCGAUCAGUACGGUUUACAGUGCUAAAAUUACAGCCUUAAUUUUAAUUAUUUUAUGUACAGAGACUCAUAUAUUCGCUUCAAAAGAUGAUGUAUACACAAUACUAGCGAAUCAGGCUGAAAAUAAAUUCCAAGACAUAUCUGUGAUAGAUUAUGAAAAUGUGGCAGGGCGAUACAAACGGCAGUCAGGCAAUCCUGGAAAUGAUGUUACGCCUUCCACAAAAUUAGAAGAUAUGAACCUUAUUCAUGAUGACCAUUCCUACUAUAAGUCUCUAAUGUUUAAACUGACGGAUGUUAGUGAGUACUGGAUAGAACUAAAAGAUGUAGCUGGGCAUUCUACAUUGUCAGACAGUCAUCGGACAGCUGUGACGGCAAAGUUGCCAUUUCCUUUCCCAUUUUAUGGACAUUUGAUAGACAAUGUUACCAUAGCUACAGGAGGUUUCUUAUAUAUGAGUCCAUUUCUCCACAAAUUUUUGACUGCCACACAAUAUAUAGCUCCUCUUAUGGCAAAUUUUGACACAAAAUCUGGAGGGCGUUCAUCUACUGUAAUAUACAAAAAUGUUGACCAAAAAUUUGUUGUUGAAUGGCGUGACGUACAUCUAAAGGACCAAAACGGUAGGUCGGAUGAAGACACUGGUUCAUUCCGGUUUCAAGCAAUUCUUCAUCAAAAUGGAUCCAUAGCCUUUGUUUACAAACAGCUUCCCAUUCCAGUGACAAAUAUAUCAUCAAAGGCACACAAGGUGGCUGUGGGCAUUGCUGAUGCAUUUUAUUUUGAUACAGUGUUGGACGAUGGGACAAAGAGAAGGACAAUUUAUGAAUAUCACAGAGUAGAUCUGAAUAGAACGUAUAUAGAAGAGGGCACUAUUGUUUUAAUGAAUCCUCAGCCAACAUGUAACAGGUACACAGAUUGUGAAAGCUGCGUGAGUGCAAACAUUAACUUUCAAUGUAGAUGGUGCGGCAUUAUUCAGAGAUGUAGUGACAGCGUCGACUGGCAUAGACAGAAAUGGUUAAAUGCUGGUUGUGUACAUCUUUCUGUUGCGGGCAAUGAAACUUGUAGCGAGAUGUAUAAUACAACAACCACAACAAAUGAUGUAACCAAUACCACUUGGUGGAACCAGUCAAAUAACCAGUCAUCUGUUAUAAGCUCGAGCACUAUGAAGACUACAAGCACACUUUUUCCCGUGCCUCCUAUUAUAUUACCUUACCCCUGCAAUAAAGUGUCAGGAGCUGGCAACUGUUCAUCCAUUCCAACUGCAAAACCAACACAAAAAGAAAAGCAAGGAAAAGAAAAGUUUGACAAGAAAGACUCCAACAGUGUGGAUGCGCAGACCGGCAUUAUUGUUGUUGUUGUAGUGAUUGUGGUGGCCCUGUUUGGAGCUAUUGGUGGCUGGGUAUACUAUGCUUACACUCAUCCAACAUCUGCCUCCGGAAUGUGGUUAAUGGAGCACCGUCCAAGUCAAAUGAAGGCAAAGAUGUCCAAUAUGAAAUUCUGGAAUCGAAACGGUACAUCAGGAGAUAAAUAUGCUGUUGAAUCUACAGCAUAACAGUAGCCUGCUUAAAUCUAUGGUGGACUUUUAGUGACAAAAAAAUCAUCAAAAAUAAACGUUACAUUCAUAUCAGUGAUAGAAGCAAAGUUAAUGGUAGUGUCAAGAAAUUGUUCAAUGAAUUUGUACCUUAUUACACACUUAAUGUAUUUUUGUAAGAUUUGUGGAUUUAAUACAAUACUGUCUUAGCCUAGUGAACUUUAUAUAAACGGUAAGGCAAAUGUUGGAUUAAAUCCUCAACUUACAUCAAAGAAAGCAAGAUGUUGAACAAGUGUGAGUAUUUAAACAGCGUUUGACUUUCGAGAUUUUUAGUCCUGAUUGCCCACCAUACAAGUAUAAAUCAUUGCUGCAGUAAAAAGCUAUGUGAUUCUCAUUAUCAUGAUCAAUUAGUGAGAAUUUCAGUUUCUGCCUUUACUUUGCUAAAUUUUGUGGGAUAGACUUGCCUACUUACUGAUUUUUGUUACUCUCCAUUUGUAAACAAAUUCAUUUUAUUGAAAAAUAGAAGAAAAACAAAAUUAUAUUGAGCAGUGCCCUUCUUUUAAUUUGUAAUUUUCCGGUUGUUAAAGGCUUUUAUAUGAAAAACUUACUAAAAUUAAUCAGGUAAGAGUAUAGAAUCUUGUUAGACUGUAUUUAGUGAUGCAAGUUGGUUUGGGUUUAUACUGUCAAUGAUUUAGGCAAGUCUUUAUUCACCACUGAUUUUUUCAUGGUACUUUUUAUACAUUGCAUCGUCUUUAUAUAUUAUUAUAUCAAUAUCUCUCAUACCAUAUCAUUUAAUUUAUCAUCAAACUUUUUGUUGUUGUAUAAUUUGUAAAACAUUUUUGAAAGUAAUUUUAGCAAUUUUGAUUAAUUAAACAGCUUAAAUGCUGCUUAAAAAAUGCAAAAAAAAAGACAUGUGAAAUUGUCAUUUACCUAGUAUUGUUUUACAAUUGGCCUAAAUAAAUGUAAAAAAAAGCUUAUAAAUUCAUAAAAAAAAUGUAGUUUAUAAAAAAAUCAUACACAUACUAAAAGCUUAUAUUUUUAUAUACUAAUAUGUUAGUGUACAGAAUCUGGUUAUUUGUUUAAUAUGGUUUUCUUAACUUUUUAUCUCCACUUUUGGUAAGAAAAAAAGUGGAGUCGUGACCUUGUCGGUGUUGGCGUUUAUUAAACCUUUUUGUUAAAGUCCAUUUUCUAACUUUAUAAGCUAUUCUUGGUAUACAAGUUUUCAUUUUUAUAAUAGGUUGCCAUUUCAAAGGGCAGAUAAUCUUGAAAAUGCUUUUUACAAAGUUAUGCCCCUUUUUUAACUUUAACUUUAUGCCAUGUUUAACUUUUUGAUAAGGUGCAUUUUCAACAAAAACUUUCAAACUUGGAAUACAUAUUCAUUACUUGAAAACUUGAAAUAUGUAUGCAAUAUGAUUGACUGAUAUGUCUUAUAUAAGUUUGUUUCUCAGAAUUAUGCCCCUUGUUCUACUAAGAAAAGUGGAGCAUGCUGUCUUGUCUCCUUAAGUUAAACUUUGCACUUGUUGAACAAUAAAGACAACAACAUUUCUUUGUUGGAUGCAGAUUUUUUAAGAAUAAUUAAAAAUGAAAUGCUUUUUAACCCUUGUGUAUUAUAUAGAUUUAGUUUAUUUACUGAAAGCCCUGAGGUCUGUAAAAUCAUUAUGCAAAAGAUUAUAUUUAAUGAUAAAGUUCUGUUAAAAUAAGACUUGAAAUUCUUGAAAGGAGACUUGGCCUUGCUUGCUUUAGUUUAGCAUAAACAAUCAGUCUUUGAUCAAAAAUAUCUUUAAUUUUAAAAGAGAUAUACAACAAUAAAGAUGUUGUUUAGUGUACACUAAUAUUUAACAGGUUAUAAGGAAUUGUUCAUACCUCAAAAAGUGCAUCAAAAUCUAAGCAUUCCAGGGUUGCAUAUAAAAGAUAUUUUAUUUGACACAGACAAUUUGUGAUAUAUCAUAAUUUUCUUUCCUUUUUUAUCAACAAAAAGUAAAUCUUUAGGUAGAUAUUUACAAGGAAGGUAUAGCCUUAUUUU